AUGGGUUCGUCGUUGUGGACAUACUACGGAAUAGUGACACCUGGUGAAUACUUGGUCUCUACGGUCAAUGGCUUUGGUGUUCUUACUGAAUCCAUCUACGUUUUCAUCUUCCUCUUCUUUGUCCCGAAACCUAGAUUUUGGAAAACAGUUGCACUGGUUCUAGUGUUGAACGUGGUUUUCCCAGUUAUAACGAUUGUGGGAACAAGAACUGCGUUCGGAUAUGCAAAAACACGUUCUAAUUCAAUGGGUUUCAUUUGUGCUGCUUUCAACAUAAUCAUGUAUGGUUCUCCGCUUUCCGCUAUUAAAACAGUUGUGAAGACGAGAAGUGUGAAGUACAUGCCGUUUUGGCUGUCGUUUUUUCUCUUCUUGAACGGCGCGAUUUGGGUUGUCUACGCUUUACUCCUGCAUGAUGUUUUCCUGCUAGUGCCAAAUGGAAUGGGAUUUUUGCUUGGGACAAUGCAACUCCUAAUCUAUGCGUUUUACAGAAAUGCCAAACCUAACAUAGAAGAUGAAGAGGAAGCCCUCGCACCAAGCCAACCUCUCCUCUCAUAGCAAUAGCCUUUAGUUAAUCUAUAAUUUGUUUAAUGGUGAAUUAAAAAUCUGUAUUUACUUUGGUUUGGCGAUUGUUUAUAUUUUGAUGGCAUUAACAAAAAGCCAUAAUUGAAAGAUUGUGAAAACGAAUAGUUUGAUUAUGAAUAAAUUUUCA